UGAGCAACCUGAUACAGGUUCACACAAUUCCCUGACACCUCGUAGUAAAGGAAUAAUACGUUUAACGUCCUCAUUUACUUGAGCUUGUGGGGGAAAAAAGAAAAUAUUUUAAAGCACUGAACAUUAUGGUAGAUAAAUCCAUGAGAUCAUCUAUGAGUUGUUUGUUAGGUUUAAUAAUGUGCUAUUUAUGCAGCGCCUCAGCCACCGCACCCGGUGACUAUACGCCUUUGAAAGAUGGUCCAGACGUUUACUUCUCUAUGGAUCCAGUAUUGCUUCAUGACCGGAUUAAGUACAAUAUGCGCAAGUCUUUGGAUCUUGAAGAUGAUGGCUGUUACCUCCAACCUGGGAAAAAGGAAAGCAUUGAGGAAUGUGGCUUCAAUACAACAGCCAAGACCAUUCUGAUCAUUCAUGGCUGGACGAUGAGUGGGAUGUUUGAAAGCUGGAUGCACAAGUUGGUGGCUGCUGUUCAGAGGAGGGAGUCUGAGGCCAAUGUGGUGGUGGUCGAUUGGCUGGGUCUCGCCCACCAGCUUUAUCCUGAUGCUGUCAACCAUACUCGCCAGGUUGGACAGAGCAUUGCUACUGUUUUGGACUGGCUCCAGGAAGAGGAGCAGCUACAACUAGAAAAUGUCCACAUGAUUGGAUACAGUCUAGGUGCUCAUGUUGCUGGAUAUGCUGGAACCUUUGUAAAUGGAAAUAUUGGACGUAUAACAGGUUUGGACCCAGCUGGUCCCAUGUUUGAGGGGGCAGAUUCCCACAAGAGGCUUUCUCCUGACGAUGCAGAUUUUGUCGAUGUCCUUCACACAUACACACGGGGAGCUCUAGGUGUCAGUAUUGGAAUCCAGGAGCCUAUUGGACACAUCGAUAUCUAUCCCAAUGGUGGGGAUGUACAGCCAGGCUGUUCCUUAGGAGAUGUGCUCUCUACUGCUGCUGUAGGAAAUGUUGUGGAAGUGAUGAAGUGUGAACAUGAGCGAGCAGUGCAUCUUUUCGUGGACUCUCUUAUGAAUAAGGACCAUGUGAGCUAUGCCUUUCAGUGCACUGGCCCUGAUCGCUUUAAGAAGGGCAUUUGUUUGAGCUGCAGGAAAAACCGAUGCAACAGCAUCGGUUACAAUGCCAAGAAAAUGCGCAAGAGGAGAAACAGUAAAAUGUACCUGAAGACUCGUGCAGACACUCCUUUUGGUGGUUACCACUAUCAGAUGAAGAUGCAUGUUUUUGAUAGGAAGCAAGCGGAAGACGCCGAUCCCAAUUUCUAUAUCAAACUACAUGGAUCCCAUAACGACACCAAUAAUCUCAGUGUAGACAUUGCUGAUGGUGUUGGUUUAAACCUCACAAACCCAUUUCUUGUCUUUACGGAAGAGGACAUUGGUGAGUUGCUAAAAAUUACUCUUCGCUGGGAAGGCCCAUCUGAGUCCUUGUCAUCCAUAUGGAAGUAUGUGAAGUCAUCGAUCUGGUCAUUGUCUAGUCGACGGAAAGAAAAAGUCCUAGAGGUUCGGAGGAUCAGGGUCAAAUCAGGAGAAACGCAGAAGAAGUUCACUUUCUGUGCACAAGAAACUGGGAUCUCACCAGGAAAAGAAAUUACAUUUGUUAAAUGCCGUGAUGGGUGGGAGGUUAAACCUAGAAAACGAUUGCACUACUAAGAGAAGGCACUGUUACCCAUAGGGACCCAAGGAGGCACAGGGCCUCAGCAAUUUUGUUAUGGUAUGCGUUUGGUGGGUUAAUGCACCAGUUUGGUUGUCAGUGGGUAGAACACACAUCGUGCUGUUCAAAUGGCCGGCGCGGCUGGGUGCUACUGGAAUUGCUCAGGGCUUUUUUUCUACCAUUGGCCUGUUCUGGAUUGUUUGAGAUUCUGUAAUGAGUUUGUCUUUUGAUGCUAUUUGUAUAUUUUCUAUUGUUGUUUAAAACCUCCAUUUUGUGGGUGUCUAUGACUCCCCUCAACAACCCUCAGUAUAUAUAUAUUUUUGUACGUUUUUAAUUUAUGAAGGAAAAAGCACUGCGAAUCGACGCCUAUUUAUCAACUUAAUACACACCUUGUACCAAGGCACAAAUUAAUUCUCCAAGUUACCUGGUGACCAUUCUUUUACAUGUGUGAUUGGAUUUCAACAGCAAGAAGGUUUUUAUGAGUUCACAGUAUUAUUUAAAGCCAGGAGAUUGGAGAGAGAAAUGGUCUAUUUGUCUUCAUAAAGAAAAUGUUGCACAUUUUGUGCCUUCUGUACAUGUUUUAUGAAUAUAAAAUGUAAGAAUUUGUAAUAAAAUUACUUUGGAUUAAU